AUGGGUCAAACAAAGCGCCGCGAAGGCAAGACCUCUCGCGCACCUAAAUCGUCUCUUUUUGGCGGCGGCAAGUCUUCACACGCAGAUUCCGGGCAACCGCAGAUCAAGAAAGCGACCUUUGAGAUCACGAAAAAGAAGGAAGUGGGCGUCUCAGAUCUCACACUGCUGAGCAAAGUCUCAAAUGAGUCAAUCAAUGACAACCUCAAGAAGCGCUUUGAACAUGGCGAGAUCUACACCUAUAUCGGCCAUGUGUUGGUCUCAGUCAACCCCUUCCGAGACUUGGGGAUCUACACAGACCAGGUCGUCCAGAGCUACCGUGGGCGCAAUCGUCUCGAAGUUCCCCCGCACGUGUUUGCCGUUGCAGAGUCGGCCUACUACAACAUGAAGGCAUACAAAGACAACCAAUGUGUCAUCAUUUCUGGUGAGUCGGGCGCAGGCAAGACGGAAGCCGCCAAGCGCUUGAUGCAGUACAUUGCCAGUGUCUCUGGCGGAACCGACUCUAGGAUCCAGAGAACCAAGGAUAUGGUCCUGGCCACAAAUCCUCUCCUCGAGUCCUUCGGCAAUGCCAAAACACUACGAAAUAACAACUCCUCUCGUUUCGGAAAAUACCUCGAGCUCGAGUUUAAUGAACAAGGUGAGCCUGUGGGGGCCAAGGUCACAAACUACCUGCUGGAAAAGAGCCGGGUGGUGGGACAGAUCACAAACGAGCGGAACUUCCACAUUUUCUAUCAGUUCACGAAAGCUGCCCCGAAGGAGUACAGAGAUUCUUUUGGUGUACAGCAACCUCAGUCGUACGUAUAUACGAGCCGGUCGAAAUGCUUCGAUGUACCAGGAAUAGACGACGCGAACGAUUUCCGAGAGACGGUAGAAGCCAUGCAGAUUAUUGGUCUAACAAAGGCUGAGCAGGACAAUAUCUUCCGGCUUCUGGCUGCCAUUUUGUGGAUCGGGAAUAUCACAUUCAGGGAGAAUGAUCAAGGAGGUGUCGACAUUGCAGAUACAUCCGUGGUGGAUUUUGUCGCUUAUCUGCUAGAGGUGGAAUCAUCUCAUGUGCACAAAGCUAUGACCAUCAGAAUUGUCGAAACAGCCCGCGGUGGAGGACGCAGAGGGUCCAUCUACGAGUCGCCCCUGAACCCAGUCCAGGCUAGUGCUGUCCGAGAUGCGCUUGCCAAAGCCAUAUACUUCAAUCUGUUCGAUUGGAUUGUGGCGCGAACCAAUGUCUCGUUGAGAUCACAGGGCGUGGUGAAGAACACGAUUGGUAUUCUUGAUAUCUACGGGUUCGAAAUUUUUGAGAAGAACUCGUUCGAGCAGUUGUGCAUCAACUACGUCAACGAAAAGUUGCAGCAAAUCUUCAUCCAACUGACCUUGAAAGCCGAGCAGGAAGAGUAUGCCCGCGAACAGAUUCAGUGGACCCCGAUCAAAUAUUUCGACAACAAAGUCGUCUGCUCUUUGAUCGAGGACAAGAGACCCCCGGGUGUUUUUGCUGCUCUCAACGACGCCUGCGCAACAGCCCAUGCAGACUCCGGAGCUGCCGAUCAGACCUUUGUUGGCCGACUGAACUUUCUCUCAAGUAACCCCAACUUUGAGAGCAGACAAGGUCAAUUUAUCAUCAAGCAUUAUGCAGGCGAUGUGAGCUAUCAGGUUGCAGGAAUGACGGACAAGAACAAGGAUCAACUUCUGAAAGAUCUUCUGAAUCUGGUCAGCGAGAGCUCUAAUGGAUUUGUCCACGAGCUAUUUCCCAAUCAGGUGGACCAGGACGACAAGCGACGACCUCCAACUGCUGGGGAUAAGAUCAAGAUAUCUGCCAAUGAACUGGUGGAUACACUGAUGCAAGCACAGCCGUCGUACAUCCGAACCAUCAAACCCAACGAGAACAAGUCGCCCAAGGAAUACAACGAGCCUAACGUGCUCCACCAGAUCAAAUAUCUGGGUCUACAAGAAAACGUUCGCAUCCGGCGAGCUGGUUUCGCCUACCGUCAGACUUUUGACAAAUUCGUGGAAAGGUUCGCCUUGUUGUCACCUAAACUUUCUUACGCCGGAGAAUACACCUACACAGGAGAUGUCAGGACUGCGUCGGAAAUUAUUUUCAAAGACACCAGCAUUCCCAAAGAGGAAUAUCAGAUGGGCGUGACCAAAGCAUUUAUCAAGACUCCAGAGACUUUGUUUGGGCUUGAGCAUAUGAGAGACCGGUACUGGCACAACAUGGCCGUCCGCAUUCAGAGGGCUUGGAGAAACUACCUGCGAUAUCGAGCCGAGGCAGCGACCAGGAUCCAAAGAUUCUGGCGCAAAUCCAAGGUUGGCGUUAAAGAGGUUGAAUUUCGAGAUCAGGGACACAGACUUUUGGGAGGUCGGAAGGAACGCCGCAGAUACAGCUUGCUUGGUUCCAGACGAUUUUUCGGGGAUUACCUUGGUCUCAACAUGCCGGGUGGUCAAGGCCGUGUGCUCAGAGAUGCGAUCCACCUCAAUCCUCAGGAACGUUGUGUGUUUUCAGCGCGUUGUGAGCUGUUGGUUACCAAGUUUGGACGAUCCUCGCAGCGGAUGCCACGGAUUCUUGUCCUGACUCCCAAAUCGGUCUACAUCAUUGUGCAAGCCGUGGUAAACAACCAACUCCAGAUCUCUGCCGAAAGAACAAUACCCAUUGGCGCGGUGAAAUAUGUCUCGUGUUCGAACCUGCGGGAUGAUUGGUUUGCCCUGGGUGUUGGGUCUGCCCAGGAGCCAGAUCCUCUCAUCAACUGUGUUUUCAAGACUGAAUUCUUCCUGCAAUUCAAGACAGUCGCAGUUGGCGGCAUGAACCUCAAAAUCGGACCUCAAAUUGAGUACAACAAGAAACCAGGGAAACCUGCGGUGGUCAAAGUUCAGAAAGAUCCAGGCGUCACUCGCGACGACGUGUAUAAAUCAGGAACGAUCCACGUGCCGCAAGGAGAACCAGCCAAUUCGGUCUCGAAACCGACUCCGCGAGCUAAAGCGGUUGCCAGACCUAUUACGACUGGUAAGCUGCUCAGACCAGGGGGACCAGGAGGCCAACCGUCCAAGACUACUGCGAGACGAGCUGUUCCGGCACCUAGACCCGCAGUUCAAGCGCAGCGUCCUGUUCCCACUCCUGCUGCUGCGCAUGCACUUCCUCAACAGCUCAAUGGCGCAUCAUCGCACGCCCGAAAUGACUCUGCAUCAUCAUAUGGUCGAACAGCAGCUCCGCCGCCCCCACCGCCGCCUCCAGCUGCACCCCCUGCCGCAGUGCCUUCCCAGCCCCAAGCUAAAGUAAAGUACAACUUCAACUCUCCUAAUGAGAACGAGCUGUCUGUCGAGGCGGGAGAGAUUGUGGAGAUUGUGCAGAAGGAAAACAACGGCUGGUGGCUCUGCAAGAACCCUCGCACCCAGGCGCAAGGCUGGACGCCGUCUGCCUACGUCGAAGAGAUUGAGCAGGCGCGCGCCGCACCUCCGCCACCUCCACCUCCAGCUGCACAUCAUCGUCCGGUUCCAACACCAUCGGUUGUGGUCAACGGUGGGCACAAGCCUGGAACACCGCCCGUUGGUGGUAGGGCCAAACCCACGCCGCCAGCACCACCUGCAAAACGACCGGUCCCAGGAGCAAGGAAACCGGACCUCUCCCCGGCCAGAGAUAGUGCCGUCGGUCUGGGCACGAACAGUGGGAGCAAUUCUGGGCGGGCUACGCCGAGCAGUCUUGGAGGCGGCAGUCUCGCUGGUGGACUGGCCGAGGCACUGAGAGCAAGACAGAGCGCGAUGAGUGGAAGAGACAAGGAUCGUGACGAAGAUGACGACUGGUAA